AUGAGGUCAUCUUCUAAUAUUAAAGUCCAAUUAGAUAUAAAUGGUGUACCUGUUGCGGCGGUUAUUGAUACCGCGGCUCAGGUAACUAUAGUAUCUGAUAAACUGUAUAAUUCCUCUAGUUCAAAUCCACCCAUUCUGAAAAAGGUAAUAUUACAUACAGCAGGACGAGAUUUGAAGAUGACAAGAUACAGAGUUGGGCCGGUAAGUAUUGUCAUAAGGUCUCAGACUUUCAUUGAUAAUGAAGUAUUUGUAGCGCCAGUGGAUGAUGACAUGCUCUUAGGACUAGAUUUCCUACAACAGCACCAGGCCAUAAUCAGCAUGAGUGGAGGUAAUCUUGAAAUUGGCCAUGAGCGUAUAGCAAUGAAUUCUUGUUCUGAUGGUGAUCUUAGUACAGCAAGAGUGGCUAAAGUCACAAUGGUUAAAAAUAUUAAUGUCCCACCUUAUGCUGUACUUCGAGUGCCAUGCAGUUUAAGUAUGUCAUUGGAUGAUUACGUUAUUGAGCCAAUUCAGUCAGAUAUCCUUUUGUCUCCCAGAUUAUUACAGUCCAAUGGAUGUAUGCCCUUAAUCUGCUUUGUAAAUCUCUCUAAUAAAAAUAUCAAGUUGAUACGGGGAGAAAAAGUCGGGACUGCUCAUGAGAUCGUAGAUGUAAUAUCUGAAGUAGAGUCUGGGGAAAUCAAAUUACAGAAGGUGUCCUCUAAAGAUACAUCCGAAAAUGAGGUACCUGAGCACCUGAGAGAUUUACUGAUUAAGUCUGGAGAGCAUUUGUCAUCUCAAGAAAAUUCACUCCUCAGAGAUGUCCUAUCCUCCUAUGCAGAUGUUUUUGCCAAGAACGAAUUUGACUUGGUCAAGUUCACAGCCAUUGAACAUGGAAUUGACACUGGAGAUGCUAGGCCAGUUAAACAACGCUUGCGCAGAACACCUGCAUGCUAUGUGGACGAGGAGGAAAAACAUCUCAAUAGUUGCCUAGUGCUGGAGACAUUGAUCCCUCAUCAUCAGAAUGGGCAUCAGCACCUGUUUUAG